AUGAAAACCUGUAAGAAGACACAUGUGGCCAUGGAUCGCAACAGGAGGAGGCUAGCAAGCCAGCUGUGUGCCGCGGUGAACGAUGGAGAUCCCAGGUCUGUGCAGAUGCUUCUCUCAGAGGGUGCAAGUCCUGAUCUUGUGGGCAGUAAAGGGGUGGCUGCUAUUCACCUGGCGGUCGGUAAAGAAACAGAGAAGAACUUGCGUUGCUUGAAAAUGUUAUUGCAACGUGGAGCAGAUCCCAAUAUCAGAUCAUCUGACGGCCUGACUCCUCUUCAUGUUGCUGCUCUGUGGGGAUGUUAUCAGAAUCUCAAGCUGCUCCUGAUGAACGGAGGAAACCCAGCUAAUAUAGAUAAUGAGGGGAACACACCACGGCAGCUUGCAGAGCAACAGGAAAACCUGAAAUGUGCCCGUCUCCUCGAAGAAUACCAGGCCAGCUCACCACACACCAAAGAAGAUGACAUACCCCAAUUUCAAUACUCUGUGUUAGCAGACCGCACCGACACAUCCAGCUAUCCCGAGUCUGACUACAGCUUUAGCUCCCAGUCGUCGAUGAUAAGUGACUUUGGCGAAGCUCCAUUGAGCAGCACAAGGCGCUCAUCCUUUUUCAAUCUCUCUAACGUAAAUAAAAGACCAAUGUGCAGAGGAGUAUCAUUCGGUCCCUCCUUCUUAUCGAGCACUCGCAUGUCUGAAGUGGGACCUGCAGUGUUGGCCCUUAAAGAUGACGCUUUUCGUCCUGACGAAGGCCCCUUCUCUACAAACGGCGAUGAAACAGACACGAUGCCACCCCGCAGUCGAAACACUGUCCCAGCCUUUUCAAGCCGGAAGACCAUUACUUUCAGAGACAUUGACGAAUAUUUCCCCGUUUUCAGCCCUGACUCUGACCGGCGCCCUGCUGGUGAAGGCAGCAGCAGCCUCCCUUUUGACGUGUCGGAGUACUCUGAUUUCCUCAGUUCGGAGCGCAUGGCCACCGUUUUACCCAAGCAGGGCAUCGACGUGACAUCCCCCGAUCACGUUUAUGUUUUCUGUAGGGAGAGUAGCGAGAGGCCGGCGGAGGAAAUGGAGAAAACCGUCGUCGGUCCAUGUGCUUUGGAAGUGAGCGAUGACGAACCGGAGGAGCUAAAUCCCAGAGGACCUCGGGUGGAUGCGUCCGAACGGGGAGCGCAUCCCCGUGCCGGCAGUGGCAGCAGUGGGACGAGCAGCAGCCACUACAGUAGCUGUGAGAGCGACCAUUACACCAGUGCUCUGGAUACGUCCCGAAAUCCGGGGUAUCCUCUACCCCCUAUGGCAGAGGAUAUGUCUUCUGGGGCUGAAUCAGACAAAAUAAGUCGGGAUUCUACAGACUCUGACGAUAGAUUCACAAGGCAGGAUGAGAAUCUUCCUCUUGUUCGGCCAGAACCUGAAGCCCGUUCAAAACCUGAACCAGGAGGGACUUUACCUGAUAUCGAUAAGCUUAGCUUGACAGAAGAGAGACAGCCAAAAGGUCCGGCAUCGGAGGGCGGCACAGAUGCAUGUGAAGGAGAUGUCGCCACACCAUUGGUUGACUUCAGGUCCGAUGCAGUGGAAGAAGACGAUGCACUUGUUUUCUCUCCUUUUGUGACAGGCAGAACACGUUCAAGGCUGAGUCGCUGCUCACUGAGAACAAGCAAAACCCCCGACAGCCUCCUCGUGUCUUCCCUGUUUGAGGACACCCUGCCCACGCCGGUGCGAACACUUCGGCAGACGCCCAGAUCUCAGAGGAGCGGACUAAGUCACAACUCCCCUCAACCAGCCUGCCGCACGCCGUCUCAUUCAAAUACAAGCAAAGAGAGAGAGAGCUUCUCUGUGGAUAGCCAGAGCAUGGAGACCAAUUCUACUGUGAGUAGCAGCCAGGCUGAUACGUUCAUACUUCCCAAGACUGUCGCCGACUCUGCUGACGAGUCGCAGUCUUUGUCCGACACGGUCAUUCUAGAAAGAAAACCGGACGAUUCGGUGGAUGCUUCUGAAAGAAACCUUGCUGAAAUCAUUCGGGCUAUGCGAAAAGACAACAUGGGUCUCUCUGACGGUAGGGAGUUCCUAACCGAUGACCUGACGAGCGGCGAUGAGGCCAGCGCGAAGGGGAACGACAGUGACCCCCCGGUUACAGAGCAGACUGGUAGCCAAUCAAGCGACGAGGCUUGGAUCACAGAAAACUGCGGCCGUCAGUCAGAUUCCACCUCGUCUUCGUCCAAGUCGAGCUGCUUUUCUCCGAGGAGGUCGAGGGAGGACAGCGACUUCCCCGGCGCCCCGGUCAGGGGCUGCCCCCCGAGGUACAGCAUGAGCCGGCUGUCCAGCGUCCACAGGCCGCAGCGCCUGGCCGACCUGUCCUACACCCCCGGCGGGCGGCCACACAUCCAGGACCCGGACGAGCCGGUGGAGUACCUCUACACCGACACGGAGCAGGGCCACAAACUGAUCGAGACCCACGUCCCGCCCACCUCCGACACCUCCCUCAGCUCCAGCAUCAGCGAGGAGACCGUCCUGUACGACUGGCGCUCCCUGCAGAGCGAAACCACGGGCAGCGAAGGCAAAGAGAACCAGAGCCCCCGGACGGCGGCGCGGCAGGAGGAGAGCGGCGACUCCACGGACGGCGCGCCGCCAGACAUGAGAGGGAUGACCGACAAGGAGCUGCGGCGGAGGCUGCUGGAGUUCGGGGAGAGCCCGGGUCCCAUCAGCCGCUGCACCAGGCCCACCUACAUGCGCAGGCUGCGUCGCCAUUUACAGGAAACAGAGCCCCGCUCACAGAGUCCACAGAAGCAGCUGGAACCGCCACAGACAGGUUACAGCCCAGAACUGUCUAGGGUUCUGCAGACCUUAAAGUUGCCCGAAUGCCACGCUGACGAGCAGGCUCUGAGCCAGCAGUUCGACCAGCCGGAUCAGAACAGGAAGUGGAGGGAAGGCAUCAUCAAGUCCAGCUUCAACUACCUGCUGCUCGACCCAAGAGUGACAAAAAACCUCCCCUUCCGCAGUCACACCAUGGCUCCACACGAGUGCUUCCAGACUUUUAUUCACGCUAUAUUCUAUGUGGGCAAAGGAAAACGCUCCCGCCCCUACAGUCACCUCUACGAGGCUUUAGAGUACUUUAGAGGAGACAAAACCUCCAAGAAACUGUGCCAGAAAGUGCAGCACAUCCUUCAGGUGUGGGGAGCCGGGCAGGGCGUCAUCUCUUUGCACUGUUUCCAGAACGUCAUUCCAGUGGAGGCCUACACCAGAGAGGCCUGCAUGGUGGAGGCCAUGGGGCUAAAGAUGCUGACCAAUAAGAAGCGUGGGGAUUUCUAUGGCGUGGCGUCCAACUGGGAGCUGAAGAGGAAACGGGACCUUGGUGUCCAUCUGUUGUACCGGGCGAUGCAGAUCUUCUUGGCUGAGGGUGAGAGGCAGCUCAGACCCGCAGACAUCAGGCAGUAG